AUGGACAUAAUAGAAUUGGCCACAACAAAUUCAAUAAUCAAUUUAGGAAUAUUUAUUAUAACAUCCAUAAUUCCUAUUCUCAUAAUAAUUUUAUAUUUUGCGCUUUAUUUUCACUAUAAUAGACAUCCUAGACAUAAAUUGGAAGAAAACAAUUUAGAAAAGGUAAAAAUAAGUAUAUUCUAGUUUUUUAUAAGGUUGCUUUCAAUAUAAGAAUGGAUAUUUUUUUAUCCAACAAUAUAAAUUCAUACUUUAAUAAUCUCAUGUAAAUAUUUCGAUGAAUCUAAUUUAAAAUAAAUAUGUGGUUUUUAUUCUUUUGAAGAUUUUGCUAUAAUUAUUGGUUCUAUAAUAAUUUUUGUUGUAACAAUAUUUAUUUAAUUUUCAACAAUUGCUUUUAUUAGAAAUAAUAGAUUCUCAAAAAGUGAUAGUUUUUCAUUAUACUUUCAUAAUGGAUAAAUAUAUGUAGUUAUUAAUUAACUACUUUAAAGUGUCCUUGCUUGUUUAUAUUAACCAAAAAAUUCUGAAGAAUAUGUAUUAUAUUUAUUUUUUAGUUAUAUAGUUUUACUUGAUAAUUUUGCAUAUCUUAUUUCAUCUAAUUAUGUGGAUUAAUGCUAUAAUAUUAUGGCCAACUUUUACAUUAAUUUUUAUAUAAUACUAAUUCAUUCUUAUUAUUAAUAUGAAUGUUUCUCUAUACAUCUCAUUUAUAUUAGAAACAAAUUUUGGUAAUAGUAAUUAAAAAGGAUACGGAAUAUAUCACUUUUUAUGGAUCUCAAUAAUGUUAUUUUUUACAUAAUUAAAGAUAUCAUUGUAAAAAUAAAAAUCUUAUUUAUUUUGUAAAGUAAAUAGUCAAUAAACAUUACUUAAAAAAAUUAAUUCUUUUGAAUAAAUAAUUUCAAAAAGAGAUCAAUCAUCAAAUAUAAUUCUUGUGUUAGGAAUAAUCAAAUCACAUAACAAUUCUAAUUGUAUGAACAAUUUAGCUAAAUACAAUUUUAAAAACUGUUAUUGUAAAAUGAAAAUGAUAUAUGACCCCAAAAAGUAAAAUGAUAUUAGAAACUAAUCCUCCUCUAUAUUUAAACAUAUGAAUAUCUUUUCUAAAUUUGUUAUAAAAACAUGGUAUGAAGAUUAUAUUCAUGAUCAUUAAAGCAAUCAUUAUAUUCGUUUGUAAUAUGCAUAAUAUUUGUUUUAUAAAAUAGAUUUACAUGCAUAAUCAUUAAUAGAGUUAAAUAAAAUGAAUAACCAAUUGAAAUCUUUAAGUGAUAAAUUUUAAUUUUAUAAAUUAAGUGUAAUAAUAAAACAAAAAAUAGAAGUUUUAUGUAAUUAAUGUUAUAAAUAAAAAUUUGAUUUUGAAAUAGUUGUAGCAAUAGAGGAAUGCAUUAAAAAGAUUUAAAAAUCAAUUAUAUAUAUAAUGGAUUUACAAAUAAAAAUGUUUAAAUCUAUAAUUUAAUAAAAUGAUAUAAGAGAAUAAUAAUUAAUUUAAGAUUUUGAUUAGAUUUUAGACAAGAUUAAGGAAAUAAAAAUAAAUUGGAGGGAUAUAACUAGGAGAUAAAUUGUAAUGAAUGAUAAGAUAGAAUUUAGAUCAUUUUUGCAUAGAAAAAAGGAAUUUGUCAAACUUUAUAAUUGGUUUAGGUAGAAUAUUUUAAAGAAAAAAGUGAAAGAGUUGAUGAUAGUUGGAGAAACAGAGGAAUUUAUAUCAGAAGAAUCAGAUUCAAAUAGUGAAAAUGAUCACUUUUAUGAUCAAUAAAAAAUAUUUAAUUUCUUAUCUGGAAUAAUUCAUUGUAAUACUAAUGGUGAAAUUUUAAAAUUUAGCCAGAAUUGUCAAAAUUUAUAUGGAUAAUAAUAAUUGAAUUCAAUAUUUGAAUUGAUUCCAAAUUCAAUGAAAAGGAAUCAUUAGAUAGCAAUGAGACAAUAUAUUGAGAAUGGAAAAAGAUCAAGUUUAUUUAAAAAAUUAAAGAUAUUUUAUAUGAAUGAAACAUAGCACAUAGUUUAAGCUAACAAAUAUUUGAAAUGCAUUUUAAACUAAAAAAUGUCUAUAGAAUAUGUAUGUAUGAUAAGACCAAUUAUAAAAAUGGCUCCUGCUAAUUUUAUUUUAUUAAAUGAAUUAUGGGAAAUUGAUUCAAUGACCACAUAAUUAGAUUAAUUAUUUACAAAAUAAAGUUGUUUACUAAUCUAAUGUCCAAAAUUAUUAAAAUACUCUAAUUAUCAAUUUUUAAUGAAGGAACAUGAUUAAGAUUUCUUUUAAUUAAGAAUUUCAUAAAAUUAAGCAGAAUAUAUAUAAGAAUUAACAUAAUAUUUUUAAAGUUAACAAAAUAUAAAUAAAGAAUUCUCAUAAACAAGAAGAGGUUUUAAUCGACGAGGUGAUAAUUUUAAGUAUUUGUUAGAUCAAGCACUUGUUGAUGAACAAAUAAAUGGAUUUGGAUUUGGUAAGAAUAAUAUGAAAUUUCAUAAAAUAAUAGAUGAAAAUAAUAUAACUUUAUACAUAAGAUUACCAUAAGAUUCAAAGUAAUUGAAUAAUGAUUACUAAGAAUUCAAAAGAUCUUUAUAUACAAAUGAUUAAAUGAAUAAAUCAAUGAGAAUAUAACGAUAUCGUAAAAUAGUUAUAAAAAAUCAAUUUGGGCAAUUGAAAUUUGAUAAAUUGGAAUUAUUGAGAAGAAUAUUAAAAUAUAGGUUAUUAUGCCAAAAGAAGCAUUAUCAUUAAAUAAGUACAAUUUCAUUUUAUAAAGAAAAGCUGUUUGAAGAAUACUGUUCGAAAACAAAUAAUUUAUGUAAAGUGAUAAAAAUUGAAGGUUCUAUAUAUUUUACUAAUAAAACAUCAUUUGAUAAAACUAUUAUUAUAAAAGUUAAUAGAUUUGAAUUCUAUGAAUAAGAAGCUAAGAAAUAUACUGUAAAUUAUUAAUUGUUAUUUUUUAUUAGAGUUCAAGCUAAUCAGAUAGAAAGAAAACAACAUCUUCAUAAUCUACAUAAUUUAUUUUAAGAAAAAAUUCAGAUUUAUUUUUUUAAAAUUUCUUAUAAAAUCAGUCCAUAAAUUUUUAGACAUUUCCUUAAGAAAAUGAUUAUGAAUCAAUUAGAGAUAAUACUAAUAAGACAUUAAUUACAGAAAAUGAAUUAUAAAUUGAUUUUUCUAAUCAAAAAACAAUAUCUGAUGAUAGAUUCUCUUAAUAGAAUUGGAUUUAAAAUGAAUUUGUAAAAGAUGAUUUAAAUAAGAUUCCUAAAAUGUUAUUAGAAUUAACUUAUAUUAAAUUAUUGAAUCGUUUUUUAUUAAUAAGUUUAUUAGCAUUAAUAAUUACUGAGUAUAUUUUUGGACCAUAACUUUAUAUUAGUUAAAUUAUUUAAAAGUAAUUUCAUAAGGUUGAAUUAGUUACAACAUUUGUAUAAAUAAUAUCUUAAACCUAUAAUUCAAUUAUUGAUCUAGAUCUAUCUAUAAAAAAUAUAUAAACUGUUAAUCUUACUAAUAUUUAACAACUUAGUUAACAUUCUUUUUAGGAAUUUAAUUAAUUGAAUUUAGAAACAUAAAAUUUUAUUUAAAUUUUCACUGCAAAUGCUGAUUUUAAUUAAGAUAUAUCUAUUCUGGAUUUAAUGGCAUCUUUUAAAACAAAUUUUAAUUUAUUUUUAUAAACUCUCUAAAAUAUUGAUCAAAACAAUUUAAGUGAAACUAUCUCAUUUUUUAGAUAACAUUUAAUACCUUACUUUUAAUUAUCUUUAAAUAAAUCUAUGGAAAAUAUAACUUUUUAAAUAAAAGUUAAUUUAGAAUAUAUCAAAGGUAUUUUCCAAGCCUUUUUACUUUUUAUUUCAUUAUUUAAUGGAACUAUAAUAUUUUCAAAUAUUUUGUUAUUAUUUUAAAUGAUUAAAAAAAUAAAAGUAUCAUAUAAUAUUAUUUUAGUUAUUAUUAGGUUCAUUUCAAAUGAUAAAUAAAUAGCAAUUUAUAUAAAUCUAUAAAUAUUUGAUUUCUUUAAAACAAUAAUUAAAAUUUUUAAAUAUUAACAAUUUAAAUGGCAAUGGUAUUUAAAUAAAUAUGAAUUUAGUCUCUUAAAGAUAAAUAGAAAAUCUUAUGCUAAGAGAUAAUUUAUAAAUAGAAUAAGUUAAGGAGUCUUCAACCUUAAAAUAUACUUAUUCAUAAUAUUGGAUAAGAUUAUCAUUGAAAGUAGUAAUCAUUUAUAUUAUAAUUAUUUCAACACUAUUAUUGAUGGGUAUAUAUUAUAAUUUCUAUUUAUAAUCAAUAAUAGAAGGAAUAUCAGAUUUUAUGUAAAGGAAUACUUUUACACAAAAUUUACUUCCUUAUUGGGCUGUUGUUACAAUUAAGGAUGCCUUUUGCUUUAAAGAAUAAUAUUAAAAUGAAAUUAAUAUAUAUUAAUAUAUUGAACUGAUAAGUGAAUUUUAAUAAAUGUAAAUUAAUAAAAAAGUCUAUAACAAUAAUUUAUAAACAGUUUAAUAAUUGUUUUAUGGAGAUUCAUGUAAAAAUACUAAUCUAAGUAAAUUUUAAUUUUUAUAAAUAGAUUUAUCAUCUAAUGAGAUGUAUUAAUGUUAAUAUUCUUUAAAUGGAAUAUUAACAAAAGGAAUAAUUGUCUAUUAUGACUCUUUAUAUUAGAUAUCAAUUUCCUUAACAAAUGAAAGUGAUUUUAGAUUUGAAAAGCCAUCUUUAGAAAGAUUAAUGGAAUUUAGUGAAGUAAAUUUUAGAUAAGAUAAAAUAGAUUUAAGAUUUAGUAUUUACUCUGUAAAAGUAAACUUUGAGUGAAUUUAAUAAAUAGAUGAACUCUAAUAUAAGUGAAUACAUAGAAAUAGAGAAAGCAUUAGUGUAAAAUUUAUAUAUAAUUAAUAAUAAGUACGAUCUUCAUUUCGUUAACAUGUUUACUCUACUAUUUAAUAAUAGAAAAUUAUUUUCAUAAAUUGAUGGAUUUUUAAUAUUAAAAAUUUAGAUAGUUUUAUCAUUACAAUUAUCCAAAUAGUAUUUUAUAUUAGAAUAAGACUUUGAGAGCAAGAUUCAAAAAGUAUGGUAUUUUAAAAAAAUGA